UGCUUGGAGAAUGUCUUCUAUCAAUAGCACCCAGUUCCAUCCCUCUUUCUUUAUCCUGGUAGGGAUUCCAGGAUUGGAAGUUUUUCAUAUAUGGAUUGCUUUCCCAUUCUGUCUUGUGUAUCUGACUUCCCUUGUGGGAAACAUCACCAUUCUCUUUGUGAUCAAGACUGAACAUAGCCUUCACCAACCCAUGUUCUACUUUCUAGCCACAUUGUCUAUGAUUGAUCUGUGUCUAUCCACAUCUACUAUUCCCAAAAUGUUAGGCAUCUUCUGGUUCAAUCUCCAGGAGAUCAGUUUCGGGGGCUGCCUUGCUCAGAUGUUCUUCAUCCACGUGUUUACAGGCAUGGAAACUGUUUUGCUAGUGGUCAUGGCUUAUGACCGCUUUGUUGCCAUCUGCAAACCUCUCCAGUACACCACGAUCCUCACCAAUAAAACCAUCAGCCUUCUUCUCUCGGUUGUUAUUGGAAGAAAUUUAAUUCUUGUGACUCCGUUUGUGUUUCUCAUUCUAAGACUGCCCUUCUGUGGUCACCACAUCAUGCCUCACACAUACUGUGAGCACAUGGGUCUGGCCCGAUUAGCUUGUGCACCCAUCAAGAUCAACAUCAUCUAUGGACUCGUAGUGAUUUCUCAUAUCCUUGUGGACAUGAUCCUGAUUGCCUCUUCCUAUGUGCUUAUCCUUCGAGCUGUUUUCCGAAUUCCCUCUCAAGAUGCCCGAUUGAAGGCGCUAAACACGUGUGGUUCCCAUGUCUGUAUAAUGCUGUGUUUUUACACACCGGCUCUGUUUUCUUUCAUGACUCACCGCUUUGGCCAAAAUAUUCCCCACUACAUCCACAUUCUUUUAGCUAAUCUAUAUGUAGUCAUUCCACCUGCUCUGAACCCUGUCAUUUAUGGAGUCAGAACUAAGCAGAUAAGAGAGAAAAUUAUAAAAAUAGUUGUACAAAAAGAAUAA